CUCGGCCCGAGCGACGCCGGGGCGGGGGCGGGUAUUACAAAGGACCGGCCCUCGUACGCGUGUAACCCUUGGGCCGGCCCUGUAGUUGCUGCGCUACGCUAAGUACAUACUUAUCGUAGCCAUUUAAUACUUUUACCUCAAGGUCGUGAAGGGGCCAGUUGCUCUUUCAGCUUGGGGCAAGAAUCGAAAGCCAACUUUUUUCUGCUCGGCGCAGCGCUCCAACUAUCAACUUACUUUGCAAAACAACUGUGACAGCAGCUUCAGGCCCAAUUACUCAGGUUGACAUGUAGAGAGGAUUGGCAGUCAUCGAUUUAUUUACAUCUAUACGCGGACCUUUAAGGAGAUUGUGUAUAUGAUUCUUAAUGGUUGAGCACGAACUGCCUCUCCACGCAAGACAGAUUCACUGGCUCCGCUCCUGUCUUUUUGAAAAAUGUAUGAUGUUUGUUUUGGUCUACUUUUCUGCUCCUGUUUUUUUGAAAAAUGUAUGAUGUUUGUUUUGGGAAUAAGGGUCUGCUUUUUAUCGUUUUACUAAAUUUGUCAUGCAAAUUUGCCAUUCGGCAACAAAUUGCCGCUCUCGAAAAAAGCAUGCUCCUACAUCGGUGCUACAUCCUGUAUGAUUUUCAAUGGUUUAUUUUCUGUCUCUAGAAAGGGCGGGACGCCGGACUUCCCUGCGCCACAGCCUGCGUUGUUCUAGCUUGGCCCUAAUGAAGACCGGCCCCGUGUCGCUACCUAGACACGGGGGCACGGUCCAUUUUUCUGGGUCUUUAUUCAGGACCACUUGUGUAUGGCCGAUCGCUAUUCCCCGAUGCUACCACAAAUUCGCGCUAGUGCCAGGGAUCAAAAACACCUGGCAAGCGGUGCCAUUUUUCUGGUUGUUUGCCCGGCCGCUCCCGUCACCACUUUGCAGAGAUUCCUGA